AUGAGGCGCAACGGGCACGCAGUCCCACCGGUGGCGCCCAGCUUCGAAGAGCUGAAGCUGAAACGGCCAGCGGCAAGCAACCAAGGCGACAAUACCGUCACUGUCUGCAAUAGUGAGGCUUCUAACUCGUUUCCGCUCACCCUAGAGACCGACGGCGGCCGUAGCGACAACCUCCUCCAUGGCUCAGAUCAGACUUCACGUGGCGGGGUGGCCAUCCCCUCUAUUGUAGCAAACAACACACCACUUGUGGCCGCGCACAGCUCAUCACAUCACCGAUAUGAACUGAAGCAGCAGCUGCCCCUACAGCACGGACGAAGCAGGAGAAACUCGAGCGGGUUGGGCAAGUCGCGAGAACCUUCCACAUCGUCUUUCGAAACCGCUAUCCCCUUGGGCGAUGCUGUUCAACAGGCCCCGCUGCUCCACACCACUGCAAGCGAUACGGACGACGCCCGGUACCCCCAGGCGGGGCUCCCCCCGUCACCGCCGCACACUACCACUGGCGUACCCGCACCUGCCUUGUCAUCUUCAGCCUCUGCCAUCGAUGCCGGCGCCAGAGCCGCCAAUGCUGCCGUUCCUUUUCUGUUUUCGCUGAAGCUCCCCUCCACCACUGUCACGCACCUCGGCGUCGGGCGGGCAAGCGGCGCUGGCGUGGCCCAGUCCUGCGACAGCCUCAACGGAUCCAUGAGCUCGGCACUCGGCGGCUCCUUACUGCAGAGCCGCAAUCGAAUCACUGGUAUGGGCGAGGCCGCCGCCGACUCCGGGACCAGCUCGCCCUGGAGAGUCAACGAGACGACAGGGGCCGGCGUCGACAGCGAUCACCACAGCCAUCAUUGCCAGCUUCAGCCCGGCUCAGGGGAAGUGAACACAACCGCGACGACGCUCUUUCCGCGCGAUGUUGGACCGCUACCAGCGUCAGAGGCGUACACGCGCAACCGUCUGCCCUCCGGCACCCACAUUCGGCGACGCCCACGCUCCGUCGUGCGGCAGUACACCGGAGUAGCGGGGAUGGCCUCCAUCAGGAAUGGCGCCUCGCCCACGAAGAUGGCGGGAGACGUCGAAUCCGCGUCCCCAGCGUAUGGCACCCUGGACGCCUCGGUCAGUAGCGUGAUUACACUCGCGUCGCCACACAUGCGCCAGCGCGGGACGUCUGCCACUUUUUUAAACUCAAGUGUUAGCGGUAGCGGCACAGUCACUCGUGCUGGAACUGGCCGGACGCGCGACGUCCUGCCACCAGGCACUCGCUCAAGCACUGUUAUCGGUGCGGCGGCGGGGGCAGUCCGCCGACACCGCGCAGAUCCGUCGCCGGCGCCGUCACGUCCGCCGCGCUCGCGGAGGGCACGGCCGGGAGCCGCACCAGGCACGCUUUCAGGCGGUCCAAGUAGCGCCGCAGUGAGCGGACCGACGUUUUCACCCUCCUCCCCGGCACAGCUCGGCUCGCGUGUCAGUCAUCAGCCUAGCGUCUCCCUCCAGGUGCCAAAGCGGCUAUUGUUGGAGCACUCCUCCACAGGAGCCUCAUCGCCGCUCAACGGCAGCCUUGAGCAUGGCUCCUUCCUCCUUGCAGGUGACAAGGACAGCCUCGCCGCCUCCACCAGCGCCGUGGCGAACCAUGAGCACCCCAUCAGCAGCUGCUACACGAAUAAACGUAGCGGCCGCAGUCGUGUGCACAGCGCGGGAACGACUGUAGUAACACCUAGCACGAAGCCACCGUCAGGGCGGCGGCAAGGCUCGCUGGCGCGCGUGCUUGCUCCGAUGCACCACAGCAGCAGUGCCAGUCGCCUGGAAGAGCACUGCCCCUCAUCACCACUGCAGGACUACGCGAAGCUAGCCGCCACAUACAUGAAACUUUGUGCGGAUGUGGGCGAUGAGCCGAAUAUGGACUGGGUCGCUGCUCUGCCCCUCAUGAAGGGAGAAGAGAGCCAGUACGAUAUACUGCCGGCGUCCAUGACGCUCAGCACCGCAGAUGCGAAGGAGCUCAGCACCAACCACUCCCAGAGAGCGCCGGGCCUACUCAACGGCAGCCCGGCUGUAUCAGGGCAUUUUCUACGCUCUGGUCCUCAGCAACUGCAGCAGCAACACACCCCUCGUGGUGGGGUGCGACCACGCAUCGCAGCAGGGGCAACGUGGUCCUCCCUGUCCGCCACAAUGACACCUGUGGACAUUUCUGCGCCGACGUCUACCUCGUUUGUGUCGCAGCGGGCCAGCACGCCCGCAGGGAAGCGUGCAAAGUCCCCCGGUGUGCGGCACGGUGCAUCGAGCGCGAGCUCGCCAUCAACUCUCCCAAAGCGCAGUGGCAGUGUCGGUCGUAUUACCUCAGUCAGUCGCCCUAGCAUCUUCGGCUCCUCGACUCAGCAGCUGCAGCACACGAUCACCGGGGGUAAACGCACACCUCGCACGCACAGGGACGGUUCUGCUACAUCUGCUGUAUCGCCGGGGGGGGUCGAGACGGCCAUGACGGAUGUGUAUGCGCACAAGAUAGCGAGGUACUGUGCCGAGUACCUCCAGCCCUUCGUUGACAACAUGAAGUCGGUUCAAGAGCAGCGCGCAGCCGUGACGGUGGCGCUGCAAUCGUUUGUGCAAGUUGCCCGCACCUCGCUCUCAGCGUCUGCAGCGGCAGUUAACACUGCUGUAACGGCAGAGAAAAGCGAUGGCGAAGAGGCAGGACUGCGCUCCGCCGUGUCUGUGCAUGGGCACCACUACGGUGGGCACAGCAACCGUGGGCUCGGCAGCGACAGGGGCGGCCCCACGAGCGGCACCAUACCCAGCACUACAACCUCAAGUACAAGCACCACCCCGCGCAAGUUCAGCAUCUCCCGGAACAGCACGACGUCAUCGCUGGCCAACACGACGACGACCACGACGGCAGGGCACAUGUGCAGACGCGCCUCCGCCGCAGCGGCAGCCGCCUCCAAAGCCGCCUCCCUCUCAGACGCCCUGCAGACUCUGCAGGCUGCAGUGGUGACGCUGCUGAGCACACUCAGCGACGGCACCGCCCUCGCUCAGGCGCCGAGAAAUGAAUUACUGUCGCCUGUUAAGAAUGUCGACAAGGGCAGCGCACCCCUCGACUCGCAACCGACGCUGAUGGAGGCCGGCAUCAUCACUACCGUCACGUCUUGCUCCCUCUUUUCUCCAGACGAGAGCGCCAGCGGCCGCUUUGAUAAAGCACCAGCGGCGCCACAGCUUGUGUCGUCGGCGUUGACGCCAACCAUCGACCUGGCAACAAGUCCCACCCCGUCCCUGGCGCACACUUCCUCUGGUGAUGGCGGUAGCAGCGGCCUUCCAGGGGCGCCUCGCCUGACCCUGGCAAACGCGAUGACGCCGUCCGGUGUCGGUGUGGACCAGCUUGCUCCGCCAUUGCCGGGGGUGACGGGUGUUGGAAGCGGGCACACAAGUCAGAGCCAGACCAGCGCCGUCGGCUCCUCGGCAACGACAGCGGCGGCAAGCAGCGCUGACUCCACCACGUCGAACGGCACUGCCCCCUCUCGCUUUGUGCAGUUUGUGUGUGCGCAGAAGCGAGAGGUCAUGGCGCAGCUCGAUGAGCUAUGCGGUGCUGUCCGAGACGCCCUCGGCUUACCUGUGACGGCACCAGAAGCUGCCACCACGCAGCGGUCGACGGAGAACAGUGUUGGUGGGGCCCCGUCGGUGCCGGUGGUUUGGCUUGAGGUGCCGGACAUGCUGAGCACGCCGUUCUUUGUGCCUCUCAAGCACCUGAACAACCUGCUCAUCUCCAUGACAAGACAAAGCGGUGAUGAUGCAACCACAGAGGAGGACGCGGCGGCGACCACCAGUAGCGACGCUAUCGUCACCAGCCCGACUACUGCCACCUUUCUCAAGUCCUCCAAUAUAUCCUCCUCUCCAAAGUUCUCGAGCAACGCCACCGGAAAUAAAGCCAAGUCCUCCAAGGUCAGCAGCGGCGGUGGGAGCAUCACGGGCCACUCCUCGGCAAGCAGCACCCCGCGCACGCGCGCCAACAUGACGAUCAUGCCGUACGCGCCGCUCUUCACCUUUACAACGACAGCAGACGAGGAUGUGGUAGCCGAUGGCGCUGCGGGAGAAGACCCACAAGUGCGCUCCGUCAGCGCGCGCAGCACGGAGGGUGCUUCAGGCAACGCGUACACCGCUGUAGAGUGUUACCUGCUCCGCUGCAUGCAGCCCAGCGCAGGCGCAGGCACCGCAGUGUACUCGACGCUACUGGGCACGGGGAGUGGGCGCACAAGCAGUCGGCAAAACUCCGCCCUCAACUGGACCACAACGGAUCUGUCCGCCUCCGUGGAGAGCACCCAUGGUGGUGGCGCUGCUACGGCGAAAGUGAGCACCAUGUGCAAAACAGGUAGCAAGCGAUCCACAAGUCCCGGGGCCAGCUACUCGGGUCGCGCCGGUGGCGCUGGGGGUGGUUGGGGCAGCGUCUAUCAGUCCCGCCCAUCGCUCUCCACGUCGCAGAAGGCACCGGCGACGACAAAAGCAUCGGCCAGCCCUCGAAAAUCUCGCAAGAAGGCAUCCGUCGUGUCGAAGCUGUCGCAGACGCAGAAGGGACUAACUCAGCAGGAGAAAAAUGAGCAGCAGCAGCAGCAGCAGCAGCGCCAACUUGCCAAGGCCUGGACGCUAUGGCUGUCUCUGAAGCCCCUCGCCGCUAGUCAGAAUGGUGUCGCCAGCGCGGGUGCCCAAGAGCCGCCGUUGCCCUCACCGCACCCGUCACCGGUGGUCGGCGGGAGCCUUAGCGAUUGCACCCCAACGGAGGAGAACGAAGCCGCCACGCCACCAGCGAUGUCAGCGCCAACGGCAGCAGCGACACCUGCCGCUGCGACGCGGAAGGAGGCGAGUCCAAACAGCAAAGGUGGACCGGUCUUCGAGUGCCAGCUGCCAUUGGAGGCUGACGACGAGGAGGCUGCACCAGUAACACAUGAGUUGCAGAGCCCGCCGCCGCAGCAGCAGCAGCCCGGCGUGCUUGAUGGACUCAGAAGCCACAACGAUGGCAGCCACUUAUGCUCUGCGGAAGAAAAGGAUAACGGUGACGUGCUGCACAGUGAGCUGAGUGACAUGCGCGUGCACGCUGCCGGCAGCAUGCCUCGUUUGUUGAGCCUCCAAAGUGUGCCGCAGCGGCUGAACAUGGACGGCGCAGCCCUCACCCACAGCGACGGCGCCGCACACAGCACGCCGAGCGCGCAGUCCAGCGCAGCCACGCUCGUGUACUCCUUUUCCAUGGCAAUGUCGCAACCCACCGCGCCCCUGCCAAACUCAGCGUCCUGCGUGGAGGGUUCAUCGCCGGUGAGCACAAACGCCAUGGCCCCUGCCCACGCUGUAGCUGCAGACACGCACAAGGCAGCGGCACGCCAGAUCGCCGUGUGGUGGGCUUCCCUGCACUGCCGCCGCCGCGCCGUUGCGCAGCAUCGCGGUGCGCACCUGACGGAGAACGUAACGCAGCGAGAAAGGGUGCUGGCGGCACGGCGCAACGCAUUCGUGCGGCUGUGGGUGUUUCGCUGGCGGCUGCGACGGCGCAUUGAAGAGCACCAGCAGCAGCAGCAGGUAGUCGCUUCGGCGGCGGCCACCGUGGCAAAGAGGGCAGAACAUGACGACUCGGAGAAGGUGCGUCGCACUGCUGCUGAGAUGGACAAAGUAGAGGCUUCGCCUACGACGACAACAACAACAACCGCGCCCACGUCACGUGAGCGCUUCCAGCGGGCGAAGGAGCAACGAAAAGUAGCCUUGGCGUCCGCUGCUGCCGCCACGUCGGGCACGGCACGGGUGUCGUCGUCCCCAUCUACCGUCAACAGCGGCACAAUGGGCACCGCCUCGUGCCUGCCUAUUCGUAUUCCGCCACUGCCACUCGCCGCUAGCGGCAUCUCCACCUUUGCCAUACGCAACUACCAAGGGGAGAGCAGCAGCUUCGCCGUCUCGGCGAUGCACCGGCUGCUGAACGCACCGCCGCCACUGCUGUACGCAACGUGCACGGUGGCGCUGCGCUACCCUACCAAUGCGCCGAUGGCGUACCUCGACAACAGCAGCAGCGGCAGCGCAGCGAACCGGCACCUUAACGACGGCGAGGAGCGUCAGAAAUGCGAAGCGCCUCCGGCGACGAAUGAGCAUGGCGGUGACGCACUCACAGCGCAGCAGCGACGCUGGAUCGAAGAAGGCGUGCUCUACACCCGACUCCUUAACCUGCGCCACUACGUGUGUGGCAAGUACGAGGCGAUCAUCACCGUUAGCGACAGGCGCGGCUCCGUCGAUGAAUUUCCUAGCAGCUCCAGCGGAUGCUACGCGCUGUCUUCAUUUGACGACACCCUUAACUCGGCAGCACGCGCGUACCGCGGCACCAGCUGUCCAAGAGCGACGUCAGCGCUACUUGUUCCCCCGACGAUGCGCUACGAAAGUGUCGUUGACCCGAAGGAGCUGAAGCACGCCAAGCCAGUCGUGAAGGCGUUCCACCGCCCAUUCGAGAAAUGGGGCAUGGCGUGCAACCUGACGUCACGCGUGUUCUGCGCGGCGGCCAUCUACGCCUGGCAGCUCAUCUUCAGCCACACGCCCUUCGACGAUGCGAAGCAGCGCGAGCUACCGACGCGCGAGGAGCAGCAGGCGAGGCUGGAGCGCGUCGAGGACCGCAACAGUAUCAUCCUCGACUGCUAUGGCGUGCGCAGUGAGCGGGAGUGGCUACGUGAGGCGACGAAGGACUUGUCCUUCGUGAGUCAAAUUUACCUUCCGAACUACGACCAGGACGACCCGGAGCAGGAAAGGGAAAGCCGCGACAGCUAUGAAUUCGUCAAGAACUUUCUAUUUCAGUGCUUCCCCUGCAUCCACAAACUGGCCGAUAUCCCCGACUACCUUGUCGGGUCAGGCCUCUUCUUCCUGCUGAAGGAGGUCUUCCAUUACACAAAGGACUCCCCGUCCAUGCAGCAGGUCUACGAGACGCUUCCCCGGCUGGUGGUCGUGGAGGGUGAGGAUUACAUUGCGGCCGUGACCCCGGCCACCUCUGCGCUGGCGUGCGACGAUGCAGCUGCCGCGCGAGCAGAAAGAAACGCCGCCACGGAAGCAGCACUGGGCCUGCCAGCGCAGGCGACGACGCAGUGCUCCUCACUCCCGUCGUGCAAGGUGACGGACAGUGGCGAUGGUGUCAAGGGGCUCUCCGGCUGGCAACGGGCCGCGCUGCAGCGCUACGAGCAGCUCCGGCAGUUGCAUCACCUCACCUACGGUAUUGUGGAGCAGGAAAAGGCCGUCGCUGCUCUCGGCAGUGAUGCUGGCGCAAGUGGGUUGCCGGACAAAAUGAAACAGUCGAAGCAGCAUCACCAACAGAAGCGCUCUCGCUCUCUGGCAACCUCGACAGCAUCGAUCGGAGGCGCAGCGAAGGACAGUGUGAAGGCGGCAAGCGGCUACAGUGGUGAGGACAGCAGCAACUUGACGAGUAGCGCAAGUCCAAAGACCGCCGUGGACGACAUCAUCUUUCCCCUUCGGCGCUGUAUCACAAAUAACCCCGCCGGCCCGCUAACGCUGAUGCGCUCAACCCCGGUGUCGGCAGCCCUCAGCUCCUCCGCCUUCACCUCCCCCUGCGCCGUUGAACGACGCGCCUCUUCCGCAGCUAUCGCGGCGCCGGCAAGGGACGUGUGCGUGCAGCUUGUUCGGGUGCCGCGCCGCCUGUUGAGGCCUUCCGCCGCGGAUGCUCAGUUUGUCCGCGACUUUGAGGAGGAAGUGAGCAAGUCGGUACACGCCAUCAUCCGGGCCUGGAGGGGGAGCGGUGGCGGGACAUCGCUGAACGUAUUCGAUCUUCGGGCAGCGUUAACAGCCGACGCGGCCCUGCACGAUGCACUCGAUAUCGUGUACCCAAAACACUUCCUCGUAAAACUCAGCGAGACGCUGUCGCUUGAACUGUUUGGCUUGCAGGUGUCCCUGAGCAGCUGUGAAGACUUGGAUUCGAUGGGGCAGUGA